UUCGUGCACUUCUGUCUGUAUGGUGACUUCUCGGACAGAGAGGCUUGUCAUGUAAAGUUCUGCGUUUAUUCUACUUUAAAGGUCAUUAAAUUGUAUCUAAGGCCGGGAUGUUGGGCACGUUAAGUCGAAAAGUGCGACCUGCGCUGCAACAGGUCCAUAUGCUGUCAUCAUGGAGACACAAGCUGCAGAUCCGUGCCUGUGCUGCGCGUCCAGCCGCUCUUCACUCACUUGAAAACUGUCUUGUGCUCGACUACGGGGGGACGCAGAUGCGCUUUAACUACGUGUGGCUGCGGGAUCACUGCCGCUCUGCCUCCUCAUACGACUCCAGCACCAACCAGAGAAACCUGGACACUGCGACCAUAGACCUCACGAUCCGCCCUGACAGCGCAAGUGUGCAAGACGACCACCUCGUCCUGACGUGGCCUGGCGGUCAUGUGUCGAAAUACAGCCUUAGCUGGCUGGCUGAGAACAGCUAUGAAGGAAAGAAGCAGAGCUCCGUCCAGCCUCGCAUCCUUUGGAAUUCAGACGUCUAUAAACAGGCAAACAUACCCUCUGCCAAGUGGGACACGUUUAUGAGCAGUGAUGAAGAGCUAAAGAGGUUUCUUCAAAACUAUCUUCUGUACGGGAUCGCCUUCGUAGAUGGUGUCCCAGCUACAGUUGAGGCCACAGAGGCGGUUACCCAGAGGGUCAGUCUCAUCAGGGAGACCACGUAUGGAAGAAUGUGGUGUUUUACUUCAGAUUUUUCCAGAGGAGACAGUGCCUACAGCCAGGCGGCUCUGGACCGGCACACUGACACCUCGUACUUCCAGGAACCAUGUGGGAUCCAGGUUUUCCACUGCCUCAAGCACGAGGGAGUCGGGGGAAGGACGCUACUUGUGGAUGGCUUCUACGCUGCUGAAAAACUGCGCCAGCAGUCUCCAGAAAGCUUUGAGCUGCUUGCUCGCGUGCCCAUCAGGCACGAGUACAUCGAAAACACUGACAACCACCGAAACCACAUGACAGGCGUCGGCCCUGUGCUCAACACAUAUCCUUGGAACAAUGAAAUGUACUUGAUCCGAUACAACAACUAUGACCGAUCAGUGAUAAACACAAUCCCCCAUGAGCUCGUUCAGCGAUGGUAUGUGGCACAUCGGGAGUUGACCACAGAACUACGGCGUCCAGAGAACGAGCUGUGGGUGAAACUGACUCCAGGGACGGUGAUUUUCAUAGACAACUGGCGAGUCAUGCAUGGGAGGGAGUCGUUCACCGGCCUGAGGCAGCUCUGUGGAUGCUAUCUGACACGAGACGACGUCCUCAGCUCUGCACGCUGCUUCGGUCUGCAGGCCUGAUGCUGACCUGAAGGUCCCUUCACCUGUGUGCCUUAUCAGUGAGCCUGCAGUGCCUUCACAGAGUAUCCAGACCCCUUCACUUUUUUCACACGUUUCGUUUCAACGUCUGCACAAACCGUCAUGGCAAUCCAUGCGUUCAGCUAUUUCAAUCUGACAAUGUGCUGGACUGGCAGCGAGAGUCCUGCCGCUAGCAUGGCUAAAAGGAACAAUUUAUUCAGAGAUGACUCAGCUCAGAUUUGAUGUUGCACACCUGAAUGAAAACAAUAAGUAACAUGCUGCAGUUAAAUUACAGAAAGCUAUAUCCAAAGUCCGAGAGUUGAAGUGACACCAGGAUUAUAGUUCUAUUUUUAUAUUAUUUUACUGUAGCGAGGUGUGUGCUUAUAAUAGAUGUGUGUGUUUUUAGAAUCACUGUCAAACACCUCUCGUGAGACCAUCAUUAGAUGUGAACUUGUUUGCUGACAUGCUGAAGUAUUAACAGAUUUAUUCAUGAGUCUUUCAGUUAGUGGACUAACUUGAGUGACUAAAGUUCACUUCAGAUUGGGAGAAUACUAAUCGUCAGUCGGCAAAGGACCAAAGGAUACACUUUGUUUAGAUUUAGAUGGAAUUACUUUUUUAAAUGCCGGGUCUAAUUUACGAAAUUCCAUUAAAUGUAUGAAUAAUGACUUUUCAAUAUUUGAACACGAACAUAGUUUUCAUCUUCAGUUCUGCAUGUUUCCACCUCGACAUUAUGAAACCAUCACAGCAGCCGAAGCCAGACUCUGACAUAUUUAUUAUUACAAAGACAAUGUGCCCUAAGUGGGUAAAGAUGGUCACACAGGUUUCUUGGUAGGGUCUGGUAGGGACGAUCUCUCUUUGAGUUCUACUGCAGUUGCAGUACAGUAUGACAGUGUCAUAAACCACAGCAGCACACUGAAAGCAGACUCUGAAUUAUUCAGGCAAAUUAAGUAGGUAGAAGUUAAGACGAACUAAAAUUCAGGUGAUGCAGGUAGACUUUCCAUUUGGCUCCAUAAAGAUGUCAAGCUAAAGGAAACAUACUGAAGGUCUCUCUGCUGUCUUCACACUUGCCAAAUAGUCAUAAAAUUGUGGACCGUAGCUUGGCAUUGGCAGAGGGAUAGCCAGGCUGUUUUGCAUUAAAUUUAUGGAUUUUGAUGUUCCAAAAAAGGGGCAGUUUAAUAUUUGCUUUUAUUAAAGGGGAAAUAAAAAACAUGACAAUAAAGUACAAAAUGUUUGUAAUUCCUACACAGCUGUUCAAAGACCCAGUGAUUUCUAGCUUUCAUUUUUUUCCCCUUGAAUAAAAUGGCUCAAGUUGUCAGUACUGCCCUUUGAUUUAGGUUGUAAAUGAACACAAAACUGAAAAUCUGUAGAGAAAUCUGAAGGCUACACAUGUGCACAGGCCUCUUCUUGAUGAAUUAUAUUAAGUGGGAAAGCGGGAAAAGAGAAGUUUUAUUUCUCUGUUGAGGUAGUCACAUGGCUCAGCCUUAAAUAAGAUUUGAAAUGAUUUAAGAAAGCCAGGAAUGCAGUGAGUUGCAGUGGGAGGCUCCGGUGUGAGUCAGCUGCCACCUAGAUGAAACUUGAUAUUGUCAGUUAUGGACUGGAAGAGCUACAUGACUCAACAACUCAGAAAACACGGUAUUUUAUUUAAUCAGUAUCUCUGAAUGUUAGUACAUAAAAUCGUCACAUUGCAGCCACAGCUGCUUGCCAGUUUGUACUACAAAAGAUCAAUUUAAGAUCCGUCUGGGAGCCACAGUAAUAUCCAUUAACUGUAAAAAAAAAGAUUCUUUUUUAUAGUUGUUGUAAUACUUCAGAUAUCAUCACGACUUUGAAAUAACUUUUUUUUAAACACAAUAGUGUCUUAUUAUAUUAGUACACUGUGACUCUCACUGACUCCCCUCAUGAUAGCAACCUUUUAUGGAGUAUUUCAUACAGUAAAUUCAAAUGUUUGUUCUAAUAUUAUGUAGCUUGUGUAUCAAACGCAGGGCUCAUCUACAACAAUGUCAUACUAACUAUGGAGCAAACCACUACAAACAUUCUGUCUAAAUUCAAGCAGAUUUUUA